GGCUUCCUGUGGUAUUGCCGAGUCACGCUCUAGUGUUCCCAUAAGAGCAGUUAGGGAUUGCUUAUCCUUGGGUUUGUUUGUUAUCCUCCCCGUAUAACCUCUUCUAUUGGAAGAUACUAAGAUGCCUAGCUACAAGUUGUAUUAUUUCGACGGUCGUGGCCGAGCUGAGCCAGCAAGGUUGGCUUUUGCUGCCGCGGGAAUCGAGUACGAAGACAAACGUAUGCAAUUCGAAGAGUGGCCAAAAAUCAAGAAAGAAAUAGAUGCUCCAUUUGGCCAGGUUCCCCUUCUCGUGAUUGAUGACAAAAUCAAACUUGCACAAUCUCUGGCAAUCAUGACCUACAUUGCCCGGGAAGGAGGUCUGGCUCCAGUUAACAGUCUUGAUAUUGCAAUGUGUGAUAUGAUUGUGGGUGCUGAAGAAGAUUUUGUCCAAAAACAAUACAAAUGGCUUUUCGAAAAAGAUGAGGCCAAAAAGACAGAACUGGGUGAAGCACUUGAGAAAACCCAUCUUCCAGCAUUUGUGGAGGCAUUGACAAGGAUUUUAAAAAAGAAUGACAACAAGACUGGCUUUCUUGUAACUGACAAGAUGACCUAUGCUGAUAUCGUUGUGUUCAAUGUUUUCAACAAUCUGUCAUCCACUGAUGGAUUUUCCCUUGACAAGUUCCCUGAAAUCAAGGCGCAUCAUGACCUUGUGGCUGCCAAUGAAGGGAUCAAGGCGUGGCUUGAGAAGCGACCCAAGACAAGCUUCUAGAAUACUCUGCAUUAUGGCACAAAGCUAUACUAAAUGAAUUAAUCUCAUAAAAACAAAGUUUGGAUUGAGAAGCAACCAAAGGAAAGCUGCUCUUGCACUUAAUUAAACUAUCUGACUGAUUAACAAUCAAUUGCUUAGCAAUAUUAAAAUUAAAUAAUUUUCAUCAUCAUUCACAUGCUUAAAAGUAUAACAGUAUUGAAAAAUUAAAGUCACUCACAAAAGUGUGAGGGCGGAGGACGGAGGCAGUUCACGUCAUAUCAAAACAGUGCACAAUCAAAAUUAACAUUCCAGAGCAGGGCUGCUCCAUGCACAGACUCAAUUCCCAAAGGUGGAGUUGAAUUGCAAAAUUUUCGUAACUCGGAGUUUCAGUGUGGGCAAGGUGCGAGAAUAGAGCUCACUGACACAAAGAAGAGCGACUUAUUUUUAUUACGCCAAAUAUCUAUUUUGGAGAACUGUAAUGUCGACGACAAUGAACAAGCGAAACGAGUGAGUAGAUGCCUCAGAUAGACACACCACAGCCUAACUUUGUUGGCAGAAUAGUUUCCAAACUUGCACAUAAAAUUUCUGCUGAACUUAUUACUGAAUUUCGAGGGUUCACAUACAAAUUUUGCUUUCAUGACAAUUAAUCAUUCUUAUUGUAAAUCUGUGGUGAAAAAGUGGUGUUUUUUACUCAUUUCUACUCAAGGUUAAAUGUGACGGUCCUUCAUUAGUAUUCAAGGUUAAUAUCUAGUUUUUAUCCUACUUCUCUUCAUUAGUAUUCUAGUUAUUAACCUCAUUCAUAUUUAAUGAAUUCAUAUUAAACCCCACUUUUUCCCUGCUGAUACACCAAGCCCUCCCUGUUCUUUAAGAUUGUAAAUUAUUCAUAGGUAUUUUAGUGAAAUAAAGGACUUGCAAGAAAAAUGGAAAA